AUGAGCGGCAUCCUGAAGCGCUCUCAAAAGAUGCUGGUCCUAUGGGACAAGACCUAUGCAGAGAGGUUAUGGUGCAUGUUCGAACUGGCCGCCUUCGUGAAGAGCCGUGGAGCUGGCGGCAUGGCCAAAGGACAUUUGGCCAUUCGACCCACGCUGUUGGGGCCCUGCGUCUUAGCCAUCGUUUUAUCGUUGUCCAGCUUCUUCAUCAUCUUAGUUUGCGUGUUUUCCUACGGUUGGGAUCAUAUGGAGUUGCUCGGGGGCGUGUCUCUGGCGGUCUUGAUCUUGAGCUACCCUGCGGCCGCGGUCUUUCGGGGCUACUUCCAUUCGGUUCAUGUGCUCCAGGAGCAAUUGCAGGACUUCCGACUCUCCAACACCAAGUGCUAUUGCUGCACCGUGAAGCACGUCACAGAGAAGGGUGUGCCAUUGCCUUUGUGUGACCGCGAGAUCCUGACGAAGUCUAUUGGCAUUUGGUUCGGGAGUGGCCUGAACUUCGAACAGGACGCCCGAUCGGUGGUCCUGGAAUGCUUGACGGAGCAGCUGGGUCAUAACUACUUCCCGUAUUGGCUUUGGCUGGUGGCCACCUCUCCCAUCUUGUGGAUCUUCUUGGACAUCACCGUGAAGUCCCAGUCCCGCCCUGGUGGUGCCUGGAGCGAUCAGUGGCCUUUUUGGUUCAUCUCGGCCUGGGGCUGGUGGAUGGGUGCCGUGCCCUGUUGUGGGGCCGCUUUUUUUCACAUCUGCAAAGUCCUGCGUACGCCGUGGAAAACCCGUUGGAUGGAUCGCGCGAUGAAUCUCCUGGUGGCCCUCGUGAUGCAGCCGAUCUUCGGCACCAGUUUCCUGCUCCUCGCUGCAAAUCGAGCUGCCUCCGGGUCGACGCAGUGUCGUUCACAUCGCGUUGGCCAGCCUGGUGUGGAACGUGUCCGCUUGGACGCGACAGCUGGGCUUGGCUUCUUGAGUCGCCCCUUUUUGGAUCGAUCGGUGAGUCCGACCGUGAAGAAACCGAGUCGACGAGGAUAUGCGACGCGCGCUGGUUCUGCAGCUUGGCGCCUGGUCGGUGCGGGCACUCAGUUUGAUGCUCUGGUGCAUGGUUUAGGCUUUCACAGCUUUCGCCCAGAAGUGCAGUUGCCAGACUAUGAGUGCCAGUUCUUGCCAGAGGACUGGUAUGAAUUGAAGCAAAACUUCGUGGGGAGCCUGAACUUCUUCCGGGAGUUUGGCGCAGUCAGGUUUCAGUCCGAGACCGACGAGGAGCAACUGGGCGACCUCCAGAUUUGGCUGAACUACGCGGUGGCCUUUUCGGAUCACAACUGGUCCGUGCGCGAUUGCCCCUUCGCGAACUUCAUCCGGAGGCUCUACUUGUGGUCCUUGUGCACCAUUGUGGAUGGGCUGCCACACCGUGAUCACGUCGAGUGGAAGGCCACCGGAGAGCCUGUGUGCCAAGAGCUCCGUGAUGCCCCCAUCUCCUUGGCCAGGGAGCUCUUUGGACGCGAUCACAGCUCCUGGGGCCUCAGGAGUUGGGAGCAGAUCUACGUCUUCAUGAACACGCGCUUCGCGGAUCUGAUGACGAUGUGGGUGCGACCCGCGGAGGAAGCCAUCAGGAUCGUGGCUCCCCACGUGGAGCCAGGCGUGGACUGUGAGUUGCAAGAGGAGUUCCCUUCUGGCUGGGAUUGGAAAGGACACCUUACGAGGAUGUCCGACCCAUCUGUGGGGUCCACCUCCAAGGAGAGCUACCAUGAUGCCAUCCACUACACACUGAACCCUCAUGCCAUGCAGAACAUGGAGGGGAAGGUGCAGGAAUGCCCCAUGGGUUGGCUCGCGCUUUUGGUUCACCAGAUGCUCAUCUGCAUGGGCGGCCUCACUGAACAGGCAGCCUUCAGCGCGGCGAUGCUGGAGAAGUCCUUCUUUCUCAUCGAGCAAGACAAGGGUAUUAACUGGGUCCUACACGCGCUGUUGAAGACUCGGUGGCCCAUUAACCGCUUCUUCUUCAGCACCGGCCUCAUGGUACAAGCCAGGAGAUUUGUGGAUGAUCAACCAAGAUAUCAGCAUAAGCCUUACGAGCUCGAUUUCCAUCCCAGUGAGCUCCUCUAUCCCUUUGACGAGCGGCAUCAGCUACCGCAUGGCUUCUCCGUGGCGGCGCUCCGGCAACGGCGCAGCGGCUUCGGGCGCAGCGAGAGCUACGCGCAGCUGCUGCGGGCGCUGGAGAUGUCUGUGACUCGAGCAGGCCUUGUGGGAGGAAGACCUGUGGUGAUGUUCACCUUAGUCUAUGGGGAACGCUAUGCCAGGUAUUUGGCCAAUUGGAUUCGCCGCUCUGCAGCCUUUGGGCACGAAGCGAGGACCUUGAUCUUCUGCCUGGAUGAACACACGGCCGAGGCGUGCCGCGCGAGCCAUGGGAUUCCUGAACUCUGUGUUCAAGGAGGAGUUCAGACGACUUCCAACAAGUUUCAUUUGAUGUCGGCCAUUGUGAACUCCGGCGUCGAUGUGCUCUACCUGGACUUCGACUUGGUCUUCUUCAAGGAUCCCCUGCCGCCCAUCUUGACGGCCGCCAAGAAGGCCGAGCUCUUGUUGACCCGUGACCUGGGCAGCGAGUGCAUCAACAUCGGCGUGGUCUUCAUGAAGUCCCACCCGGCAAAUGCCAAGUUCCUCCAGGAUCUGAUCAUUUGGCUCUGGCAUCACCCCUAUGAGUUCUGUCAAAAGGCGUUCGCGGGGCUAAUGGGUUUGGAGGACCUCCAAUGGAAUAGCCUCUACGGCAACACUGUGGAGGCCUUACCACGUUGGGGGUUCUUGGACUCCUUGAACGCCUUUGUCACCAGUUCUAUCUAUGGCGAAGCCACUGGAUGGACAGGAGACGAGGACCGGAUCGUCAUCUAUCACUACUUGGACGGCACCGGUGCGGUGGACCCUGCGAUCGCCGUGCGCGGCUACGUGAAUUUGUUCGAUCUGUUCUAUGCCAAUGACAAGUUGAACCUCUCCGACCCGGUCACACCGCUCUAUUUGCAGGACGAGCAAGUGAAGUCCCAACUGGACUUCUCGCGCCACCCGGCGCCCAUUAAGCUGCAGCCUUGCAGCCACAUUGAAGAGAGCGCCUACCCCUCCUGGAAGCAGCGCCAGCGAGCACAGCUUCGAGAGCGGAGAGAGCUUUGGCCAGUCCAGCUCUAA